AUGUCGAUGGUUCAAAUUACUCAUAAAUUUGGGGAUCAAAUUUACUUAAUUGAAUUACAAGCUACUGUUGAAAAAAUAUCAGAAACGUUGGAUAUAGGGACUCUGGAAAUCGUUCAGGAAAACAAUACAAAAAAAGCUUCUAUUUAUGUAGGAAAUCAAUGCAUGGAAGGUGUUGUUGAAACUUUACAAAAGCCAUUAGCUGUUCUUCAAAAAUCGCCUGUUGGAGACGGUGGAUCAUCCGCUCGGGAAUUAAAUAUCGUUUCUAUCAUCAAAGAAAGAAUUAGAUUUAGUUCGCGUCCUUUACCUGUGAAAAUUUAA